AUGGCAGCGGUCGAAGCGCAGCGGCCCGGCUCGCCGUCGCGCCCCUCGGAGCGCCCAGAGCCCACGGUCCAGCGGCGUCCGACCCCGGCCCGUCUCUGGCCGCCAUGGCUGCCGCCGCGGGCCUUGGGGGCGAAGGGGUCGGGCUGGCUCCGGCGCGGCCCGUGGCCUCCGCUCACCGCCGGCUUCUGCAGCGGGGGACCGGCCGGGGUCGGGCGGCCAGAGCCGGGGUCGCGACCCACCAGCACGCGGCAGCUGGACGGCAUCAGGUCAGCGGCCCUCAGGCGUGCGGGGCUGUUCCCAGGGAAGGUGGCCGGCGGGACCCGGGAAGAGAGAGGGGAGGAGGAGGCCGGGCCGCCGGCCGCGCCACCCCACGCGGAGUACAGCGAGGCUAGGUCAGUGGUCAGCUCCGCCCGCCGCGGAGCCCAGUUUAUCCAUCACAGCGGAUCGGUCUGGCGGAGGGGUCCGACGUGGAGGGAAUCCGCGGAUGCUGCGUUUACAGACGUCCCUUGCCUGGGCCCAGUGGCCUUCGCGACCCUGCAGGACGCACACGGAGGAUUUAAGUGGGGCUACCUGGGAGAACUCCAUGGGGUGUUCCCCACCAUCUUAAUAGAAUUCAGAGAGAGAAUCAUGGUGGUAACUGGAGAAUGUUACUGUCGCACCUCACUCUUGGAUGGAAGCGAAGCAGGUGUGUUUGCUCUUCAGGUCAUGAUGUUGAUCCAGACCCACCCGGUCCCCAUCAUUGCCAUGGUGAACGGCCUGGCCACUGCCGCCGGGUGUCAGCUGGUUGCCAGCUGUGACACUGCUGUGGCGAGUGACAAGUCCUCCUUUGCCACGCCGGGCGUGAACAUCGGGCUCUUAGGCUCCACCCCCGGGGUGGCCUUGGGGAGAGGGGUGCCGAGAAAGGUGGCCUUGGAGAUGCUCUUCACCAGGGAGCCCGUGUCUGCGCGGGAGGCCCUGCGCCACGGGCUGCUGAGCAGGGUGGUGCCGGAGGAGCGGCUGGAGGAGGAGACCGUGCGGAUCGCGAGGAAGGUGGCCUCGCCGAGCCGGCCCGUGCUGUCGCUGGGCAAAGCCGCCUUCUACAGGCAGCUGGCUCAGGACCUCAGGACCGCCUGCCACCUCACCUCCCAGACCUUGGUGGACAACCUGGGCCUGCCGGAUGGCCAGGAGGGGGUCAAGGCCUUCCUCCAGAAGAGGAAGCCCGUCUGGUCACACUGAGCGGCCUCACCAGAGGAACCGGGCGCCGUGAGCCCAGUGGGCAGCGCUCAGGGUUCCCCCGUACCGGCCCCACCCGUGACCUUCCGACCCCCAGACACCACCGCUGCCUAGUGACUGUGGCAGAGCCAGCCUGCUUUUCCGGCCUCAGUCACGUCUCAGUGCACGGGGUCUGGGUUACGGGCCAGCGCUCCCUGGGGAAGGGGUGACCUGGAGAGUCGGGUGCUAACGUGAGCGGAAGGCUGUGAGCACAUAGGAAAGCCCAUGUGUGACGCUCCUUCCCAGGACCUUAGGUGAGGGGAUGCCCCCCCACCAGGGGAGAAGGUGAAGAUAAAACUGAGGCGAGGAGGGAUGAUUUCAGCCCGACUCUGUGACCGGAAAGGGCCCCCAAGGUGGAGGUGGUGCCAGGUGCCCACGACAGAAACAUCGCAGAUCUCCACGAGAUGCUCUCCCCUCUGAAAAUCCUCUUGAUUCUCUUGAGAAAUAAUCAUGCCUCUGGCUUUGGGAUAAUCUUAUGGGGUCUUUUAAAGAUUACCUAUUUAGAGGGACUGGCAAUUUUAACUUCCCAACCAGACUGUAAGCUGGUUGAGAGAAGAAAAUCAGUGAACUCUUUCUUUGAUGCCUGUGCUGAUGGACGUCUAGGAGGUGCCUGGUGCUUCUGUAAUGAAGGUCCCUGCCACCAGGAUACUGGGAACCCGGACCCUGGGCUAAACCUGAGGAUAAAAGCAUCAGGGAGAGAAAGGAGGGACGCAGAACACACAUUCUCCCCACGAAGGAUCACCUCGUCCGGAAGCAUUUCCAAACUCUGCUCAGCUUCUGGUAAAGAAUCCAGACUAGCCUCAAGCAUUUGAGUUCCCCAAAGGUGGUUUAGGACCUAAACGUCUUACUUUCUGGCUUCUGGUCCAGUUAGGCCCCAGAAAUGUCCCAGACCUCUCCUCCACCAGCUCACACCCGGGGCUGAUCAUGUUUUUUAAGGCCAAUUUUUUUUUUUACCUAUGAAUAGAGUGGCCGUAAAUGUAAUUAGUAGCAAAGACAGAGACCCGUGAGGCUCUACCAGGUGGUUCUCAUUCUAAUCACAGGGCAAGCAGCCCCUGGAAGGGAGGUCCCCUAGUGGGUUUCUAUUGAGAUUGGCCUUUUUUUUUUUUUUCUUUGCCAGAGUUUAGGAAGGUGAAAAAGAGUGUUUUCUUGGAGGGCUUCCCUGGUGGCGCAGUGGUUAAGAAUCCACCUGCCAGUGCAGGGCACACGGGUUCGAGCUCUGGUCAGGGAAAAUCCUACAUGCCACGGAGCAACUAAGUCCGUGCGCCACAACUACUGAAGCCCGCGCGCCUAGAGCCCGUGCCCUGAAACAGGAGAAGCCACCGCGAUGAGAAGCCCGCGCACCGCAACGAAGAGCAGCCCCUGCUCGCCGCAACUAGAGAAAAGCCCGCGCGCAGCAAUGAAGCCCCAACACAGCCAAAAAUAAAUAAAUGUAAAAAAGAAUGUUUUCUUGGAAAGGAGGAGCUUGUUACUGAGAAUGUUCCUCAGAAGAAGAAAGAUCAUCAGAGCCACCAGUCCCUGGAGCCCAGUACACACCAGCACCCCCGUACCUCCUCAUUCAGUCACCACCAGAAUCCAGCAGAGCGGGGCCACCAUCACCGCCAGCUUACAGGUGGAGGCCGGGGAGAGGGAGGGUCCCAGACUCUGCCGAAAAGGCCGUGGAUGCCCUCCACCCCCCCGCCGGCUGCCCACCUUGUCGGGGAGCCUGGGCUGGAGGGAGGCCGGCCUGAAGACCUGACCCCUGCCCCUCAGCUUUCCAGAACACAGGGCUGGACUAAGCGCGACCCCUGGAGGACUUUGCCAGUGCACCGGGGACGUGGGAUUUGACUAUUGGCAAAUCACCAGUGGAGUUUUACUACGAAUCUGAUAAACAACUGUCUGAAACUUCAACCCAGCCUGUGAAGGACUGGCCGUCAUGAUCUGCUCAAAAAUAAUCCGCCAGUGGGGCCCCUGCGGGUUGCCCCCCGUGGGAGUUGCUGUGUGGCUCUUGAUAGAUCCCACAGUGAGGAGAGGGUGUUAUAAACUCCGGGCUUUGGAGAAAGUUAGCAGAGCCUUCUCACACGUUCCAAGGAAAACCAAGUUGCCUUUCCAGUUUCUGUAUGAGCGGCACCAUAGCCUUCAACCAGGAAAUCCUCUGGCCUCUAGGCUGGCUUCCCAACCUGUGAGCUGAAGUGCCUCAGGGACUCGCUAUAAAUCUUAAUAAUCGCCGGAGCAGAAGAUAAUCCAGAAGGAAAAUCUGCUACCCAAACACCAGUGUCAUAUAAUUCGCCCCCAAGGCAAAUACAAAUUGGGGGUUAAUUUGCAUCUCUGCUUCCUUCCACUGGGAUACUGAAUGAAAACUUUCUGAUCACCACCACAGAUGACUGCUUUUGGAAAGCCUCAUGUGUUCAUCUUUCCCUCUGUACCAUUUACUGCUCAGGGAGCUUUGCUGAGCUCAGCCCAGAAGAUCCCACACCAGCAGAUUCAGGGGCUAGAAAGUCAGCGAAAGGGGCCUUUGAUUCUGCAUGGCCUGGGGGAGACAGCAUUCCCAAGGCCGGCCUCAGCCCCCCAAAAAACAAAAAGAUGGCGUGAAUAAAUGACUAAUUUUACACCAACAAAUGGGGGGUCCUGCCAGGAGAUUUAUUGAGCUGAAACUCUUGCCAGGCAGCCCUCGGAAGGAGCUCUCUCUGCUCCCCUGGUAUGUGCAAGGCUCAGAGUAGUUGCAUUGGCCACAGUUGAGCCGGCAUCUAUAUGACUCUGAAUCCCGUGCCUCUGACACCACACCACAGUCCUCCUAAUCUACCGAAAAGAUCACAGUUCCAGCCUGGAGAGACAGACGACCAACACGCUCAAAGGAAACCAGUCAGAAAUGGCAGAGCCAAGGCAACACAGCUUUGCUUACCGAGGGGAUGCAGGAGAAGCACAGAUUCAACCUCGAAGAACACCGAGUUCAAGUCCGAGGAUUGCCACCAUCUAGCUGUGUGACGGUGCAGGUGACGGAGCCUCUUUCAGCACCCAGGUCCCCUUCUGGGACCCUCUUGGCCUCCCGGUUCUGACACUGCAGAUUCUACAGCAAUGGAAACUUGCUGUGAAACUUGAAACAGGUAGCUUUGCUCAGAGAAAAUGCUCUUUUACAAAAGGAGAUGGGCCUCUUUCCCUAGAAGUGGUGAACAGUGAAAACACCUGAUUACAUUGGAGAACGAGAAAUCCAUUACGGAGCCUCAGAGCCUGGGGGCCACACCUGAACCUUUUAAAAAUGUCCGGCUGGGAAGCACCUACCGAGUGAAAUCGGUAAUCAUCCUAAUUUUGUCUUGGGGCCCCCUUUCCUCUCUCCGUCCUCUGAAAACCCACUGCACUAAGCUUUUAAAUUGUUUUAAAAUAUUUGACCAAUGAAUAAUUAUUCUUUCCUGGCAGUCAUCAAGAGGCCAGAGUUCAAAUCAGCCUUAUUGAAG